AUGGAGUUCACACAGAAUGAACUCUUCAUUCUCGCCAUUAAGAAAUGGAGGGUCGGUCCAAAAGAUGAGCUGACUUCUGCUUACUACAACCAAACGGGACAAGCAGAUCCCAAGUUCUACAGUUUCAAUCUGAAUGAUACUUGGUUUUACCAGGGUUUUGAAGAUGAUGAACUGUUUCAUAGUGCCAAUGACUUCUCGCAGUCCUCCAAUGGAAGCCCUGUCAUGAUUGAGAACGGCGGUGAUGAUGCCACUCCUCCACCCCCGACAGCAUCGAAGAAGAGGCGGAACCUUCCGGGAAACCCAGACCCGGAAGCAGAAGUUGUAGCCCUAUCUCCAAGGACUCUAAUGGCAACCAACAGGUACAUCUGUGAGGUGUGCCAUAAAGGAUUUCAGAGAGAUCAAAACCUCCAGCUUCACAGGAGAGGCCACAACUUGCCCUGGAAGCUAAAGCAGAGGCCAAGCACACAGGCCAAGAAGAGAGUUUAUAUUUGCCCAGAGCCGAACUGUGUGCACCAUGACCCCAGCCGGGCUCUUGGCGAUUUGACCGGCAUAAAGAAGCACUACUGCAGAAAGCACGGAGAAAAGAAAUGGAAGUGCGACAAGUGCUCGAAGAGGUAUGCCGUCCAAUCAGAUUGGAAAGCGCAUACCAAAAUCUGUGGGACAAGAGAGUAUCGCUGCGAGUGCGGGACGAUUUUCUCAAGCUUCUUGUUAUCAACACCAAUUCACAGGAAAGACAGCUUCGUCACGCAUAGAGCCUUCUGCGAUGCAUCGACAGAAGAAAAUAACACAAUGAAUCAGAACCUUGCAGCUUCUGAAGGAGGAACGUCGCAAAACCAAACUCAAGAGGUCUUAAACCCCUUGCCAGGCGAUUCUUCCUCAAACAUAAACUCUAUGAUGAACUUGUCCUUUAGUAACGAGGACAUGGACAUCCCGCCGAGGCCACUGGCUCUCAACUCGGCAGGGGCUGUGAUACCGACUAUAAUGGAUCCUUUCAAUAACCCAAGAGCUUCCCGAGCAUGUAUGGCCUCGGUUGGAGGAUCGAACAGCCUUUCCUCUCUCGGCAUGGCCUCUGCUUACACGUCUGCAACGGCCUUGCUUCAGAACGCUGCUGAAAUGGGUGCAAAAACAAGUGACAACAUGAUCUCUCCGAUACUAUUCAGAGGAUUUUCUGGUUAUUCAUCCGGUGGCCCGGUGAACUCAUCUGGGUCAGUGCAGGAUGGAAGUUCUGUAGUUAACAAUACGGACCCGAGGCUGUAUGUCGGAAAACAUAAUGCAUUAGAAAUGGAGAAUCCGAGCACCGGUUAUCCCGUUCCACAGGUCGGAUUGGCUGACUCAGCACUUUUUAUGCACGACAAUAGGAACGCUGGCGAUAUACUUGGUGGAGAAUACUACACAGGAGGAGGUGAAAAAAUGACAGUUGACUUCUUAGGGGUUGACCCGACUGGGCACUCCAGGAAUGGGGUUAAGAGAAGUCCCGGCGACGGCGGCAUGAUAGGGUUAGGACAAUUGACUGCACCUGAAGGCCUGCAGAAUUUGCAUCCGGAUUGGUGAUGGUGACUAAUCUACUAUAGGGCCUUCUUCACUGCGUUUAUUUUUUCUCUCUUCGCCUUACGUUCCCUAGAAUUGCUUUCUUUGCUUAUAUUCCGAUACUGAAUUAUCAUUCCCAACGUCCAUAGAUGUACUGCUACUGACUACUGAGCCUCUGCUCUUUCAAAAAAUAAGAGAUGAGACAUUUUUACUUAGUUAAAUGAAUCGUCCCGAAUGACCUGUAACUGCCUAAUUAUAGAUGGUUGAUUAGGAAAUCCGUGCUAGAGAGGAUACUAUGUGGACUCGCUUCAAAGGUUACCAACACGUCGGAGUAAUCUAGGAUACGAAACCAAGCAUGGCUGAACAGCAGACUGAUCAAUAAAACCACCAAAUUGUUAUUCUCUGACGCCCUCGAGUCAUUCAGAGACACCAAGACCAAACUCAGUCUGUCUCGUUGGCAGGUUGUGAUGUAUACCAGUAGCUUGGUUGACAUUCUCCUCUGCAUCUCGCCAUCGACAGGUGAAGGAUUCUGUUCUUGCUGCAUUAUCGUCCACGCAUGUGGAAAUAGAAAGCAAAUGGUCGAGGAAUGAGGUUCUCAAACCAUUA